GAUUAUGCAGCAUUCAUGGUUACUUCCAAAAUUGAGAUCAACAUCAAUAAUGCAUGCUGCCCACUACCAGUCAACGAAGACUGCUUCUGCUUCUUUACUUCUCUAUCCAUAACCGAGUCUCUUGUGCGUGCAGUGAGCUUGGAAAAGGCCAUGGCAGUGGGAUUAGCAAUUGUAGGUGAGGGCAGCCAGUACAAUGGGAGGAUAACCCGGUUUGUAGUCCUGUCUUGUAUGAUGGCCGCCAUGGGAGGAGUUCUCUUCGGCUAUGAUAUUGGAAUUUCAGGUGGAGUCACCUCUAUGGAGUCAUUUCUCAAGAAGUUCUUCCCAGAGGUGUACACUAAGAUGAAAAAAGAUACCAAGAUUAGCAAUUACUGCAAGUAUGAUAGCCAAUUGUUGACUUCCUUCACAUCCUCACUCUACGUGGCUGGCCUUGUGACAACUUUCUUCGCUUCCUCGGUCACUAGAGCCCUGGGACGCAUGCCAUCAAUCUUCGCUGGAGGCGCUGCUUUCCUUGCGGGUGCAGCCCUUGGCGGUGCAGCUUUCAAUGUCUACAUGCUUAUACUUGGUCGCGUCUUGCUCGGAGUUGGGGUCGGUUUUGCAAACCAGGCAGUCCCCUUGUAUCUCUCUGAAAUGUCCCCACCUAAAUACAGAGGCGCAAUCAACAAUGGUUUCCAAUUCAGUAUUGGCAUCGGUGCUCUAUCAGCAAACAUCAUCAACUUUGGUACAGAAAAGAUCAAAGCAGGCUGGGGCUGGCGAAUCUCUCUAGCAAUGGCAGCCGUUCCAGCCUCCAUUCUUACAUUGGGUGCUCUUUUCCUCCCGGAAACACCCAACAGCCUGAUCCAACGCAGCAGCGACCAUCACAAGGCCAAACAAAUGCUACAGCGCGUCCGAGGCACCAACGAUGUCCAAGUAGAAUUGGACGAUCUCAUCAAAGCUAGUUCCAUAUCAAAAACCAUCGAACAUCCGUUCAAGAAAAUUUUAGAAAGAAAAUAUAGGCCCCAACUUGUAAUGGCAAUAGCCAUACCUUUCUUCCAACAAGUGACGGGAAUCAAUGUCAUUGCCUUCUACGCCCCAAUACUAUUUCGGACGAUUGGUUUGGGGGAAAGUGCAUCGCUUUUGUCGGCGAUCAUGACAGGGAUUGUUGGCACAGGCUCAACCUUCAUAUCCAUGCUUAUAGUGGAUAAACUCGGCCGAAGAGCUUUGUUCAUAAUAGGGGGUAUUCAAAUGUUCAUCUCCCAGAUUAUGGUGGGAGGAAUAAUGGCAGCUCAGCUAGGUGAUCAAGGUGGGAUAGGCAAAGGGUAUUCGUAUUUGGUUCUGAUUUUGAUAGGUGUGUACGUUGCUGGGUUUGGGUGGUCAUGGGGUCCAUUGGGAUGGCUAGUUCCGAGCGAGAUUUUUCCAUUGGAGAUUCGAUCGGCUGGGCAGAGUAUUACGGUGGCAGUGAGCUUUAUAUUCACUUUCGUAGUUGCUCAAACUUUUCUGGCAAUGCUCUGCCACUUCAAGGCCGGGAUUUUCUUCUUCUUUGGGGGAUGGGUAGUGGUGAUGACGGCAUUUGUGUACUUUCUUUUGCCGGAGACGAAGAAUAUGCCGAUUGAACAGAUGGACAGAGUAUGGAGGGAGCACUGGUUUUGGAAGAGAAUUGUGGAGAAGUAGUCGGGAGUGUAAGAUUGAAGUGCGAAUUAGCACUACAACCAACAAAGUUUGGCCAAAAUUUAGAUAAAGAAUUUACUUUU